AUGGAUCCGCCUCGACGACCUAUACGCAUCGGCAAUUGCUCUGGCGCCAUCAACGACGGCAUUGAUCAGAUAUACCGCCUGGCCAAGUACGGCAAUGUAGACGCCAUCACUGCCGACUACCUCGCAGAGUUUAACAUCGCCUGGAAGGCAAUCGAGCUCCAGACCCAACCAGAGCUGGGAUACGAGCCAAACUUCCUCGAGCAACUCGCCUGGCACAGUGGCGAUGCAGCGCGCCUCGUCGCCGAGAAAGGCAUCAAAAUCGUCCACGAUGGCGGAGCCCUGAACCCCCGGGGCCUCGCCAACAAGACGCACGCAUACUUUGAGAGCCUUGGCAUCCGCGACGUCAAGAUCGCCUGGGUAAGCGGCGACAACGUGACCGAUGCCGUAAAACGCGGCGCGUUCGGGCGAGUCAUGCAUCUCGACCAGCCCGGCGUCGAGUUUGAUCCGCACUCGCAGGGUGACGAUCUCCUCGCGGCCAACGCCUAUACGGGCAUGGCUGGCAUCGUGCGUGCGUUGGAGCUCGGCGCCGACAUCGUCAUCUGCGGGAGAUGCACCGAUGCAAGUCCCGUAAUGGGGCUUGCGACGUGGUGGCAUGGGUGGAAGACGACGGAGUACGAUGUGCUUGCUGCGAGUCUGAUGGCCGGUCACUUGAUUGAGUGCGGACCGUAUGUGACGGGAGGGAACUACUGCGGUCAGCGUGAGGUGCCAGAUCUCCAUCAUGCCGGGUUCCCGAUUGCGGAGAUCGGAGCCGAUGGCGGCGCUGUCAUCACGAAGCCGGAGGGUUCCAAUGGGCUGGUGUCUGUUGAUACUUGCAAGGCGCAACUGCUUUAUGAGAUACAGGGCGUCUACUAUCUCAAUCCGGAUGUUGUAGCCAAUAUUGAGAAGGCAACCUUCACACAGCUUGGUAAAGGUCGCGUUCGACUAUCGGGUGUGAGGGGUUUGCCGCCACCGUCUACGACCAAGCUGUCCAUCUGCUUGAUGGGAGGGUACCAGGCCGAGAUAUCGGCGUAUGCGACUGGCCUAGACACCGACUUCAAGUUCGAGGUGCUUAAGAGCCAGGUGUUGGGCCAAAUCAACCAGUCCGAUUUUACGACUUUGAGCAUAGAGAAGUACGGUUCAUCAGUGGCAGAUCCGCGGUCACAAAAGCUAUGUACGACGCAAUUCCGCAUGUUUGCACAGUCUCGGACCAAGGCAGCGUUUGAGCAGUUCAAGAAAGCAAUCUUCUAUAAUGGCUUACAAGGCUAUUGUGGUCUUCAUCUAGGUAUGGACUGGAGGACUAUGGAACCGAGGCCGUACGUCAGGUACUUCCCGGCCCUGAUACCACAGUCCCGGAUUCCCCUGUUCGUGAGUUUCAUUGGUGGUGAGAAACAGCAUACCAUCGAGGCACGUCAGGAUGGCGGCACACCCCCUCGCCAGCCCGAUUACGAUGCCACAGUGCCGUUGUCGAAAGUCCAGCUGUCCAGGACAGUGAGGAGACCGCUGGGGGAUCUCGUCUUUGCGCGGAGCGGCGACAAGGGGGGCAACGCCAACGUGGGCUUCUGGGUACGCAACGCUUUAGCGUGGCCAUGGCUGCAGGCUUUCAUGACAAGACGGAGGCUCAUUGAGCUGCUAGGAGAUGACUGGCAAGCUCGUUACGUGGUGGAAAGGUGCGAGUUCCCAGGGCUCUGGGCGGUUCAUUUUGUGAUCAAGGGGAUCUUACAGGAGGGCGUUAGCAGCAGCAGCGUGCUCGAUGGGUUUGCGAAAAGCCUCGGGGAGUUUCUACGUGCCAGAGUUGUUGGCCUGCCGGUUGACUUGGUCAAGGUUGAGGAUGACCGCCGGCCACACAGAUUUGAAAGCCGUGCCCGAUCAUCAAGGUUAUGA